UUGUGAAAUUCGUAGAAGAUGUCUGGAAGAGGCAAAGGAGGUAAAGGACUUGGUAAGGGUGGCGCAAAGCGUCACCGUAAAGUGUUGCGUGAUAACAUCCAAGGUAUUACUAAGCCUGCGAUUCGCCGUCUUGCUCGACGUGGUGGUGUCAAGCGUAUUUCUGGUUUGAUCUACGAAGAAACUCGCGGCGUCCUUAAAGUAUUCUUAGAAAACGUUAUCCGGGAUGCCGUCACUUACACAGAGCACGCCAAAAGGAAGACGGUUACUGCCAUGGAUGUAGUAUACGCAUUAAAGAGACAGGGUCGCACUCUGUAUGGCUUUGGAGGUUAAGCGACAAUCCAGGUGUUCUAAAUCAAAUUCCCCAAAGGCUCUUUUUAGAGCCGCCA